UCUACGGUCACCUGGGCAUAACGGGGCACGCAACCUGACUCUCUGCAUGUGCAUUUUUAUGAAGUUGUUCCCGUUACAUUCAGAAACAUUUUUUUUACCAGGAAGUAUUUACCUGGAUAGCAUGCACGCUGGAAGAACUCAGCUAACUUCAAAGUAGCAUAACUUUCGUUCAGGUUGGACUAUUUUAUGCGAAGUUUAAGAUGCUCAUUUGAAAAUGUGGACUGAAUGGACCUAAAAUAUCCGGUAAUGGCGUAUCGAUAAUGACGACCGUCCUAUCCUGUAACAGAAGUGGUCAACUACGUUGAAAUUGGAUGCAUUUUUAUUUGUGUGGGGAAAUGAUCUAGCGCAGCCUUCGAUACUUUCACCCCGAUCGUCAUGAACUCUGAAAAGCCCAGUUUUCUAUCGCAACCUGUCGUGAAGAACAUUUUCGUGUAUCGAAAUGGAGAUCCGUUUUACGAGGCUCGCCGGUUAGUGGUAAACCAAAAGAGAGUGUCCAAUUUUGAUACUUUUCUUCGAGAUGUGACGGGGGGUGUGCAGGCUCCGUUUGGAGCGGUUCGGAACAUCUACACCCCUAGAAUGGGUCAUCGGGUGGCCUGCCUGGACCAUCUACAGAGCGGGGAACAAUAUGUCGCUGCCGGGAGAGAGAAAUUCAAGAAAUUGGAUUAUUCACAGAUAGGAUCCAAGCAGAAGAGGAAGCUCCUUACUUCUUCAGGGCAGCCUUAUCCACAGGCUAAACCGGUGCCCCAGAGUCGAAUCAUCGUAUCAGCAAGAUUCCUGAAACCCAUUAAAGAGCCCCGUUCGAUUUUCGUGGUAGCGAAUGGUGAUGUGUUGACCCCAGCGUUAAGGCUGCUGAUACCCCAACGGAUACUGGGCCAAUACGACAGGGUUCUGGAGAUGAUCACUGACAAAAUGGGUUGGAGAAUCCUGGGGUGUGUACGAAGCCUUUACACCUUUGAUGGAAAUCAUGUGAACGAGGGAAAGGACUUGGAGAGUGGACAGUUCUACGUGGCUGUUGGGAGAGACAGGUUUAAAAGACUUCCCUACAGUGACCUGCUCACCAAACCAAGGGGAAUACGAAGGACUACAGGAUCCAAAGCUUCCUCAUUACCGCCCAUAUACACAUCUGGAAAGCAGAACAGAAACAGUUUGACGGUGAACCACAGUAAGUCUAUGUGGCGUUGCAGAGAGCCAGCAGACGCCAAGAUAUCUGCGCGUGCCACGGACCGCACGUCGUCCAUCGUCAGGCAGAUCUCCCAGCAGAGACUCAUGAUCCUCAGGAAGAGGAGGAGUGGUCUCAGUAUCUCCCUGGGAACAGAGGACAACGACGGGGAGGUGCAGACUGAUGAUGGCCCUUUAGAGGAUGCAGACCUGUCUCCACAGAGUGACCUGUCCACUGAAGAGGUUAGACACACCUCUCCACAGAGUGACCUGUCCACUGAAGAGGUUAGACACACCUCUCCACAGAGUGACCUGUCCACUGAAGAGGUUAAACACACCUCUCCACAGAGUGACCUGUCCACUGAAGAGCUUAGACACACCUCUCCACAGAGUGACCUGUCCACUGAAGAGGUUAAACACACCUCUCCACAGAGUGACCUGUCCACUGAAGAGGUUAGACACACCUCUCCACAGAGUGACCUGUCCACUGAAGAGGUUAGACACACCUCUCCACAGAGUGACCUGUCCACUGAAGAGGUUAGACACACCUCUCCACAGAGUGACCUGUCCACUGAAGAGGUUAGACACACCUCUCCACAGAGUGACCUGUCCACUGAAGAGGUUAGACACACCUCUCCACAGAGUGACCUGUCCACUGAAGAGGUUAGACACACCUCUCCACAGAGUGACCUGUCCACUGAAGAGGUUAGACACACCUCUCCACAGAGUGACCUGUCCACUGAAGAGGUUAGACACACCCCUCCACAGAGUGACCUGUCCACUGAAGAGGUUAAACACACCUCUCCACAGAGUGACCUGUCCACUGAAGAGAAGCCAACGGAGGACAGUAAACCUACUGACACAGAGGAGAGUCCAGACGGAGAAAAGGGUGAAGAGGAGGAGACUGCAGAAGCUGAGAACUCCACCGAGGAACACGGUGAUGACAACGAAGAUGUUACUAAAACCACCGAGGAACAAGGUGAUAACAACGAAGAUGUUACUAAAACCACCGAGGAACACGGUGAUGACAACGAAGAUGUUACUAAAACCACAGAGGAACAAGGUGAUAACAACGAAGAUGUUACUAAAACCACCGAGGAACAAGGUGAUAACAACAAAGAUGUUACUAAAACCACCGAGGAACAAGGUGAUGACAACGAAGAUGUUACUAAAACCACGGAGGAACAAGGUGAUAACAACGAAGAUGUUACUAAAACCACCGAGGAACAAGGUGAUAACAACGAAGAUGUUACUAAAACCACAGAGGAACAAGGUGAUAACAACGAAGAUGUUACUAAAACCACAGAGGAACAAGGUGAUAACAACGAAGAUGUUACUAAAACCACAGAGGAACAAGGUGAUAACAACGACGAUAUUACUAAAACCACCGAGGAACACGGUGAUAACAAGGAAGAUGUUACUAAAACCACAGAGGAACAAGGUGAUAACAACGAAGAUGUUACUAAAACCACAGAGGAACAAGGUGAUAACAAGGAAGAUAUUACUAAAACCACAGAGGAACAAGGUGAUAACAACGAAGAUGUUACUAAAACCACAGAGGAACAAGGUGAUAACAAGGAAGAUAUUACUAAAACCACAGAGGAACAAGGUGAUAACAACGAAGAUGUUACUAAAACCACAGAGGAACAAGGUGAUAACAAGGAAGAUAUUACUAAAACCACCGAGGAACAAGGUGAUAACAACGAAGAUAUUACUAAGAGGAUUACCACCGAGGAACAAGGUGAUAACAACGAAGAUGUUACUAAAACCACAGAGGAACAAGGUGAUAAGAAGGAAGAUGUUACUAAAACCACAGAGGAACAAGGUGAUAACAACGAAGAUGUUACUAAAACCACAGAGGAACAAGGUGAUAAGAAGGAAGAUGUUACUAAAACCACAGAGGAACAAGGUGAUAACAACGAAGAUGUUACUAAAACCACAGAGGAGGACUCAGACAGUGUGCUUGGGGAGAAGAGCCUUGAGACCAAGCUACAGGGAAGUCUGGACAACCUGGUCCUGAAGAAAUGAAGGAUGGAGAGGUGAAGGAGAAAGAGAGAAGGAGGAGGAUGAGGCACCGGAUAAAGCUGAGGAGGUUGGAGAAGCAGGGGAUGACGGUCCAUCUUCAACAGAUGGAAAAGAGGAGAAAGAGAAAGUGGAUGGAGGAGGACGAGAUGAUUCAUACCAUGUGGAAAAGAAAGAUGAGGAGGAAGUAUACAAGGAACCUGGACCUGAGACAGAUUAUGAGACAGAGGAGGGAGGAAGUAGAUAAGGAACCUGGACCUGAGACAGAUUAUGAGACAGAGGAGGGAGGAAGCAGAUAAGGAACCAGGAACUGAGACAGGAGGGAGGAAGUAGAUAAGGAACCUGGAACUGAGACAGGAGGGAGGAAGUAGAUAAGGAACCAGGAACUGAGACAGAUUAUGAGACAGAGGAGGGAGGAAGGAAGUCGCUCUGGAUAAGAGCGUCUGCUAAAUGACUUAAAUGUAAAUGUAAAUGAAGGAGAUAAGGAACCAGGAACUGAGACAGGAGGGAGGAAGUAGAUAAGGAAGCUGGAACUGAGAUAGAUUUUGAGACAGAGGAGGGAGGAAGCAGAUAAGGAACCUAGAACUGAGAUAGAUUUUGAGACAGAGGAGGGAGGAAGCAGAUAAGGAACCUCGAACUGAGACAGGAGGGAGGAAGUAGAUAAGGAAGCUGGAACUGAGAUAGAUUCUGAGACAGAGGAGGGAGGAAGUAGAUAAGGAAGCUGGAACUGAGAUAGAUUCUGAGACAGAGGAGGGAGGAAGUAGAUAAGGAAGCUGGAACUGAGACAGAUUAUGAGACAGAGGAGGGAGGAAGUAGAUAAGGAACCAGGAACUGAGACAGAUUAUGAGACAGAGGAGGGAGGAAGUAGAUAAGGAACCAGGAACUGAGACAGAUUAUGAGACAGAGGAGGGAGGAAGUAGAUAAGGAACCUAGAACUGAGAUAGAUUAUGAGACAGAGGAGGGAGGAAGGAGAUAAGGAACCAGGAACUGAGACAGGAGGGAGGAAGUAGAUAAGGAACCUGGAACUGAGACAGGAGGGAGGAAGUAGAUAAGGAACCAGGAACUGAGACAGAUUAUGAGACAGAGGAGGGAGGAAGGAAGUCGCUCUGGAUAAGAGCGUCUGCUAAAUGACUUAAAUGUAAAUGUAAAUGAAGGAGAUAAGGAACCAGGAACUGAGACAGGAGGGAGGAAGUAGAUAAGGAAGCUGGAACUGAGAUAGAUUUUGAGACAGAGGAGGGAGGAAGCAGAUAAGGAACCUAGAACUGAGAUAGAUUUUGAGACAGAGGAGGGAGGAAGCAGAUAAGGAACCUCGAACUGAGACAGGAGGGAGGAAGUAGAUAAGGAAGCUGGAACUGAGAUAGAUUCUGAGACAGAGGAGGGAGGAAGUAGAUAAGGAAGCUGGAACUGAGAUAGAUUCUGAGACAGAGGAGGGAGGAAGUAGAUAAGGAAGCUGGAACUGAGAUAGAUUCUGAGACAGAGGAGGGUGGAAGUAGAUAAGGAACCUGGAACUGAGACAGGAGGGAGGAAGUAGAUAAGGAAGCUGGAACUGAGACAGAGGAGGGAGGAAGUAGAUAAGGAACCAGGAACUGA